AUGCGACGACAAUAUCUCGAGAUAAUUAUAAAUUAUGCAAGAUCGGUACACUUGGGAGUAGAAUGGAGUUUGGAGAAACUUAAAUCAGCGUGCCCUUCUAAAAAGAAAAAACCGAGAAAAGGAUGUAAACCGGAAAAAGCUGAAGAAGAUAUCGACAUAGGUCCACCUUGUACAGAGCAACGAUCGUAUAUACUUCCCAGUCAAAUCUGUCCCAAAACUACCUCUUGUUGUUACAUAAAAAUGCAGGAUCCUUAUGCCCCGUGUUGUUGCGAGACCAAACCACAAUUACCACCAUGUCCUCCCAAAUGCCAUCGUCGACGAUUACGAGAACCAACCUGUGGCUGCGAUCUCUGCAAAAAGGACUUGGACAACAAGUGCUGUGGUUCGUUCACGGCAUUUCGCAGUGCAGCCAAUGAUUCCAAUUAUUUCGAGAAAGCAUAGAAAUUUAUAAGAUUUAAUCAAUCGAAACAAACUUGCUACACGUAAAAAGAUACAACCCAGCAAACGUGUAUUAAAAUAGAAAAAAAGAUGUUGACGUUAAUGGCGAUUAAUUAUGCCGAGUAAUCAGAUUUUCUACACUCUGUAUGUGAUCUGAAUUAUAGACGAAACUUUAUAGAUUUU